AUGUGGGUGCUUAGGUACCAGUAUGACUUAGAAGAUGGAUCCACACAAAAAAUCUCUCGCUGCAUACAAAAAUCAGUUUGUUACACUAUCGGAAGAUCGAACAAGAAUCACUUGAGCAUCAAGAACGAUAAGAGUAUCUCCAGGCAACACCUAUCUUUAAAAUGGGAAGAUCGAAAUGAUAUCCAUAUUAUAAACCAGGGGAAAUUGACAUAUAUUGGCGAACAAUAUUUGGAUGUUGGGCAGUCUUUGACUUUUGGUAACGUUAACAGUUUAAGUAUUAAAUUGGGGACUAAACCUGUAAUGGUACAUUUAGAAUUCUAUUCUUCAAAUUGGCUCAUACCCAAUGGAUUAACUCAAUUCCAUGAAACAUUAAAAGAUUUUGGAGUUAAUGUUGCAACGCAGAUACCAGUAGAUCAAAAGACUCAAAUCGAUCUGAUAGUUGAUGAAAUAAACGGUUCUGGGUUGAUUCCAUUAUGGGGAUUUAUGAAAGACAUUCCUGUCAAGAAACCACAAUUUUUUUCCACAGCUUGUGAAAUCUUAUCUUCUAAUGACAAUGAUUUUGACAAUAGUUGGCAUCGUUUGCAAGAAACUUCAAAUACGUUAUUUUGUUCUCAUUAUAUUAGUUUGAAAGACAGAUCUCGUUUAUUUGAGAAUUAUGUGAUUCUUAUUCUAUUUGACAACGAAACUAAUAAAGAUGCAGUUAAAACUCUGAAAACGGCAUUGAACUUAGGAGGAGCAAUUGUCAAUGACUUUUCUGAUCUGAACGCAAGUAAAGAUUAUAUCAAUAAUUUGAAACCAACAACUAAUCAACAUAUUUGCUUAGUAAAGUUUGGAAGUUUCAAGUCUCCAAAUGAUCAAUUACCAGAUCUCGAAUAUUUUAAGCUGGAAGACAUAAUUACUGCAAUUAGAGAUGAUAAAAUAAUGAAAUUAAUCACAACUAUUCCAGAACGUGAGCAAGUCAUGAACCAAGAUGUCUCCUUAAUACCAGAAAUAACAUAUCCCUCUGAUCGUAAAACAAAUAUACAACCUAGUCAUCACACUGUCGAUUCAAUACAUAAUGACAAAAAAAAUGUACUAUCGAACAGAGAUCCUGGGGAAGCAACACUAGUUAACCCAAUAGUGAAAAAAAGAAGAUUAAAUAGACAAAGAGUAAAACCGUUAGAUAGUUUGGCAUUUUUUGCAGGGGGUGCAAGUCCAAAGAUAGGAUCACCAGCAGUUCAAGAGACUGCACAAGCUACAAAGGACGAAAGUGCAGAAUCAGAUAAAUUCAGAACUAACAAUGGUCUUACCCAACCUUCUGGAAAUUCUCAGCCACUGAUUCACUCAGAACCUAUUGUUUUAAAAGAGGUAUUAGAGGCGGACCACAACAAAAAUAUUCAAGAAGGGCCAACUACAGCUGUUCCUGUUAUCCAGAGUAAAAGUACGCAACCCUUAGAGCAUACUGAACAAAACAAAAACAGUGAAAUUGGAUCUGUAGCAGCAACACCAACUCCAGAAGUUUUAACAGGAAACGGGGUUGAAAGACCUAAUACUCCACAGGUACCCUCCACACAAGCCUUGGUUUCAAAUCAUAAGGAAAAAAAAAAUCUCAAGUCAAAUUCAUUGGAAGAACCCAAAUCGUUUGUACAAGCCAUUCAGGAAACCAAAAAUCGGGAAGUGACAAGAUUAAAAUCAACGAUGGUUGAAAUAGAUACCGAUGAAUUAACUGAAGGGGCAAUCAACCAACUAGGUAGUUUGGUAAUUGUUGAACCUAACCAAAGUCUAAUACGAAAAAAAGCAUCACGUUGUGAGUGCCGGACCCCUACUGGCGAAGACAGUGACAAAACUGCAAGAGAAUGGUCAAGGAGGAAGAACUUCAAAAAAUUUGUAAAAAUAUAUCCAAAAUAUAUGAAAAAGGAUACUGAAUCAGAUACUACUGAUUUAAUCAGAAACAAUGCGUUUCUCAUUACAAGGAAUUAUGUUCCGAUGAAAAAAUUCACUGGACAAUACAAUAAUGUUCCAAAUGAUGAUGAAGAUAUGUAUGAGCAUCAUGAUUAUGAGAGAGAAAACAUUGAAAAUGGUGAUGGGGACCUAGCAAUUCCACCUGUUGUUAAUGACUUUAUUCCUUCAAGUCAAUUAUCUCAACGACGGUUACAAAUUGACAGUCAAUCUGCAAGAAUUAAAGAUACACAACCAGAUUUUAGUGAUGAUGAAGGACAGUCUUUUUCAUUUAGAAGAUCUAUGGCGAAUGCCAAGAAAACAACUGCUAAUAAUGGAUUAUUCGUCGUUGAUGAAGAUGACCUUGAUAGUAUCAAUAUACCAAAUCAUCAAGAAAAUGUCGACUCUGUUGCGGUACGUCUUGAUGAACCCUAUAAAGAGAAUAAGGAUGCAUUAAACAAUUACACACAUCAUUCCCAAAACUCUCAAAUGAUAGACAUGGAUCCGAAAUCUUAUAAGAGGCCUAGAAAAUCUCCACCUAAGAAGCCAGGCUCCAGGCAGCAUAAAACGCUAAUAGCUGAUCAUGAUGAUGAUGACGACGACGACGACUACGAUGAUGAUGAUGACGAUGAUUAUGGUCCGAAAUUCAAGUUUAGAAGACAAAACUAG